CUGCUUUUUGCAGGCUGCCUCGGAGCAAAAAGAGGCGGGAGUGCAGUGAAGAACACAAUUCGCAUUCGUUUUCAAUUGUUUUCGAAGCGUCACAUCCAGCAGCAAUCGCGCCCUGACUCGUUUUGCCCUUUCCCGCUCUGCACAGCACAAGAGCACCCCAGCAGCAGCAGGGCUCAGAGCUCUCGCAUAACUCAUCGCACAACUCAUCAGUCGAGCUAAAAGCACAGCUCAGAGCUCCCGCACAACUCAUCAGUCGAGCGAAUAGCAGAGCUCAGAGCUCGCGCACAACGCAUCAGCCGAGCCAAGAAAUGGGCCUGCGCCUGAGCAUCGUCGGCGGCACGCUCGUCGCACGCUCCGCGAGGGCCUUCAUGCGGCCAGUCGCGCGCCGCGCCAUCACGACGAAGCGCACGGACUGGGCCGGCGAGGCGCGGAGCGUCUGCCAGGGCGCGACGGAGGAUAAACUAGAGGCGCUCGGCUACGCGCUGCCGCCCGCGUCGACGCCGAAGGGCUCGUACGCGAUGUACUCGCGCGCGGGCGACAUGUUGUUUCUCGCGGGACACAUCCCCGUGCGCCCCGACGGCUCGAUCUGCACGGGCGUCGUCGGGAGAGACCUGAAGAAAGCUCAGGGCACGGACGCGGCGCGCCUCUGCGGCCUCGCGCUGCUGCGGACCUUGAGUGAUGCGGUCGGGCUCGACAACGUCAAGCAGGUCCACAAAUUGGUGGCCUUCGUGGCGUGUUCCGACGACUUCGAGAACCAGCCCGGCGUCGUCAACGGCUGCUCGGAUCUCUUGUUCGAGGUGCUCGGCGACCGCGGCGUGCACGCGCGUUCCGCGGUGGGCACGAACGCGCUGCCGCUCGGCGUGCCCGUCGAGAUCGAGGCCAUCGUCGAGGUCGAGGCGGGGUCGUAGGAGCUCGGGGUUUGUAUAUAGUAGUAAUAGUCGAU